AUGGCGUGCCCAGCUAUGACAAUCCCCUCUUCAAGCACCGCUACCAGCCUCGCGCUCCGCUCAACCUUUCUCCCCGCGUCCGCCGCGUCUCUCCUCCCCCGUGUUGUCCCCCCGAGCCGGUUACCAGACGGCAGUUCCGCCACUAGCCGCUCGUCUAGACGGCGCUGCACGCUAGUACCCGUCAGAGCCGCGACAGGCGUCAGAAGUAGCGGCAGCGGGAAUCCGGCAACGAAGAAACGCGGAGAAGUAGCAGCAGCAGCAGCAGCAGCAGCAGCAGCGGGAGCGUCGUCAGCCCCUUCAGCAGCCACCACGACGGCAGCGGAGAGCACGGACGACGCGACAGGCGAGCAGCGGCCGUUGCUGGGCUGCCCGGUGUGCUUCCAGCCGCUCUCCAUCGCCGGGUCCCGCUCUGCUCGGACCUUCAACAUGUGGGUGGCGCUGUUGCAUGCUAAAUCGUGUCGUUACAUUGGGUCAUUCACCUGGAUUCCUCUCCUCUCACCUGAAUUUUCUCACUAUCUGAAUCCCCCGGCAUCUCACUCUCCGCCUUCCCCUCCCAGGAACACGGCGUCGCGCAUGCGCCUGCAGUGCGCGACGUGCGCGCGCGUGUACGCGACGAGCAGCGCGGGGUUUGCGGACCUCACGCUCACCGCGGGCGUCACGGAAUACGUGGAACCGUCGCUGCCCUUCCGAUCCGAGGCCUUCAAGAGUCCUGUGUUCUCGUUCGUGUACGAGAGAGGCUACCGGCAGAACUUCACCAGAAGCGGCUUUCCAGGGCCAGAUGAGGAGUUCCGCAUGGCACAGCAGUGGCUGGACAGCCAUGAGGGCGGCCGGGUGGUGGACCUCAGCUGCGGUUCAGGCCUCUUCACACGCCGCUUCGCUGCUGCAGGCGGCUGGGCCACGAUAAUCGCAGCGGACCUGUCAGGAGCCAUGCUGGAACAGACUGCGGCGUAUAUUAAGGAGGAUAAGAGCCUGACGGAGGCACAAGAGCGCAUCAUGCUAGUGCAGGCGGACGUGGCGCGCCUGCCCUUCUGCUCGGGGUCCAUUGAUGCAAUCCACGCCGGCGCUGCCAUGCACUGCUGGCCCUCUCCCUCCCUCGCUAUGGCGGAGAUCAACCGGGUGCUGCGCCCAGGAGGCAAGUUCGUGGCGUCCACUAUCCUCUGGCCCUCUGCGCCCUUCGGCAACGAGCUCUUCCAGUCCCUUCGCAAGUCAAUGCGUGCGGACACCACCAUGAAGUUCUGGGAGGGCGAGGAGCUGCGGGAGCUGCUGCAGCUGUCGGGGUUUGUGGAGUACCGCCAGGAAACCAACGGGCAUGGCAUGGAUGCUGUGUGGCAUAGUGUGGAGCACGGAAUGGAGGCAGGGUGUGUUGGCCGGUCUCCUGUACAGGAGUUAAGGGAUUUUGUGGAGAUCAUGGAAGGCCCGGCUUAA